UUCGCUUUCUCCCGUAGAUGGCGCUUCUACGCUAACCUCGUAGCAGACGUAGAUAAUGUACAUUUUUAUCUUAUCGAUAUUAUUAGUUUUCCAUUCUAUCGACAGCAUUGAUGGUGAUUAAUUAGUAAAUUGUAUUAAUGAAUUUUGGGCUGCUUUGUAAGUAUUAAUUGUUUCCUAUCAACGAAUUCAAUUUGUAAAGUAGUUUAUAAUGGACCCUCAGAGAGUAAACAUAAUUAUUCAAAAAGAAUAAUUUAUUUAUUAAUAUAAUAAUCAAGUCAAAAUAUUUUAAUCAAAAAUAUUAAAAAUUGAAAUGUUGCAGAAACCGAUUUCAAAAAAGCGGUAACACUGUUCGUAUGUAGGUCAAAAAUUUUAAGAACACGAAUAUCAAAGAUGAUGAAAAACUCCAAGAUUUUCUCUUCUCGUAUUGUUCAAAAAGUACUUGAGUGUGAUAUCUUAUACAAUCGUAUUCUAUGGUGCAUCAUAACCUAUUCAUGUACACAUGCACACAUGAUAGUUUACAUUGCAAUUCAAGUAGUACAAAAAAAAACUUACAUUAAUGAUCGAAGAAAUGGUUUAUACAAAUAGAGAACCAGCAUAGAAUUGCAUUUAAUCGAAAUGACUUGCAUUCCGAAAAUUAAUUUUAAUGAAUGUAAAUAAAAGAUGCUAGUUUUGAUAAUACAUCUGUUUAGUAUUAAUAUAUAAUUUGUAUAUUAUUAUUGAUGUAUAAUUCAUAUAUGCAAUAUUAUUUUGACGAUUUUGUACUUGCAAAGAAAAAAUAGUGACAAUGAAUAAUCAAUGGAAAAGAUAUCUAUUUUGGUUUGCUCAUGAACAUGUUGAUUUUCGAGCAGCGGAAAUAGAAUCUAUUCUUAAUAUGUUUAACAUAAGUACCCGCAGUCAUCCUAAUUGGAGCGAACAUCCUUAUUGGAUUGUUAAUUUACCUUCGGAAGAUAUCGCGUAUAAAAUUGCGAGCAGAUCAGUCUGUAUGCGAUCCUGUAUAGAAUUGUGGGCCAAUAGUAAACAUAACGAGGAUCUACAUAAUAAAUUGAAGAAGUAUCCUAUUUCAGAAAUUAAAAAUUACGUUGGGCCUCAAAAAUCAUUUAAAGUAAUAGUUGAAACAUUUUGUAAACACUUUUCACAAAGGGAGAAAGUGAACAAAAUUGAAUCUUUCAGUUAUUUACCACUUGAAGGACCAGUGAAAUUAAAAGAUCCAGACACAACUUUAUGUUAUAUAGAAUUUUAUGGUCUAGACCCUAAUAACAUUCCUGACAAACCUUAUGACUUAUUUUUUGGUCGAUGGAUUACGAGUGGGCAAAGAGACUUGAUUCAGAAAUUAUCUUUGAAAACUAGAAAAUUUAUAGGCAAUACAUCUAUGGAUCCCCAAUUGUCAUUAAUAAUGGCAAAUCAAGCUCAAGUUCAGAAAGGGGAUAUUGUUCUCGAUCCAUUUGUUGGAACUGGUUCUUUAUUAGUUGCAGCUUCUCAUUUUGGAGGAUAUACAUUGGGGACAGACAUAGAUUUUUUAAUGCUGCACGGUCGAACAAGACCUAGUCGCAAAAUGCAAAAGAUUCGAGAAAAAGAUGAGAGUAUCGCAGCAAAUAUGGAACAGUAUGGAAUCAGUUCAUAUUACGUAGAUGUUGUUGUAUCGGAUUUUUCUGUUCCUUUAUGGCGUUCUGAUAUGACUGUAGAUGCUAUAAUUACUGACCCACCUUAUGGUAUAAGAGAAGCAACAGAAAAGAUAGGUACAACAAAAUUAAAUCCAGUAAUAGAAGAGCACCAAGCAUCUUCUCAUAUUCCUUCAAAAAUUGAUUAUGGUCUACCUCAGAUCUAUAAAGAUCUGUUAAGUUUCUCUGCCAAACAUCUUAGAAUAAAAGGCAGACUAGUAUGUUGGUUUCCUUUAUUUAGAGACCAUUAUUCAGAGAAUCACUUACCGUAUCAUCCAUGUUUAGAAUUAAUAGCCAAUUCCGAACAAGUACUUAGCAAUUAUACCAGUCGAAGAUUAUUAACUUACGAAAAAAUAAAAGAUCCCAAGGAAUCUGAUGAAAUAAUUUGUACGAAUUUAGUUGAUUUUCGAGAAAAGUAUUUUGCGUUACGAAAUGAGAGCAGGAAAGAGAAACGAUUAAAGAAGGCUACAGAAAAGGUCAAAAAAAGAGAAUUGUGGGAACAGAAUAAUAAAGAAAAUUCAAACAGAUGACUUUGUAAUUUUAUGUGUAAUAAACGUUUAUUGUUUUCUUCAAAUUCAGUA